AUGGGUCCCUUGUCCCGCCAGCACGGUCUGGGCCCCAGGGGAGCCCAGCCAUCUUGGGCCACAGAUUUAACAGCAGGUGCAGGCUCAGCCAACACUGAGACCGCUGCAGAGGAGGGCAGUUUGGAAGCAGGUACUGGGGAUCAAGUGCACAUUCGGACGUUUGGGGAGAAGUGGAACACCACAGCAGUCUGCACGGAGGCUGUCGGGGAAGAUGAGUUUGCGUGUGCACGGAAGAUGAUUUUUGAUUCAUGCUUCUUGGCUCACACUGGGGAGGUGCGGACAGCUCAACUCAAGACAGAGUACCAGCAGGAGCACAUCAGCCUGGGCUGUGCUGAGAAUCUUGACAUCUCUGGGCUCCAGGGUGCUUGCAGCUAUGGGAUGUUCCUGAAAGUUGAUGGCUACGCUCACAAAUUCUUCACCAGAACCAGCUCUGCUCCUGUGUGUAUCCUCCUGGCACCACUGCUGGGCAAUGCUGGAUGGGGGAGAAGCCUGGCCUCUGGUGAGAUGAGCUUUCCCUGCCAUCGGCCAGGCCGGGUCGCCAGGCUUCUGCAGCUGCUGCUGCUGACCCUGGCAACAUUCCCAAAAGCUUUUCUUCUCCUCACACCUCCAUGGUCCACAACCUUCAAAGGAGAGGAAGUGACUCUCACCUGCAAGGAUCACCAUUCUCUGGCCCAGGGAUACAUAUCUUGGUAUUACAAUGGGGAUUUCUUGAAAAAAGGACCUGAAACAAUCCAAAUAAAGAAGUCUGGACGUUACUCAUGCAAGACCCAAAGAUCUUCCCUCAGUGACCCCGUGCACGUGGAAUUUUUAUCUGACUGGCUGAUCCUCCAGGCUUCGCACCCUGUCUUUGAAGGAGAUGAUGUAGAUCUGAGAUGCCGGGGGAAGAAAGAAAAAGAUAUUAAUGAAAAGAUUUACUACAGAAAUAAUGAAGUAAUUAGGCAUGGCUAUAACUCAGAAGUCAUAAGACUACAUUCGGUCUCCAGGGACAAUAGCAAAUAUCAUUGUACUGCUUCUGGGCAAUCUCUUUGGAUGCAAUGGAGAAUAAUUUCAGAACCUUUAAAGAUCCAAGUUCAAGCGCUGUUUCCACAUCCUGUGCUGAGAGCCAGCUCCUCCCAGCCCAUCGAGGGGAGCCCAGUGAGCCUGAAAUGUGAGACCUGGCUCCCUCCACUGAGGUCACACAUUCAGCUUCAGUUCUGUUUCUUCAGAGAAGAUAAGGUCCUAGGAUCUGGCUGGAUUGACUCCCCGGAGCUCCAGAUCCUCACCAUGUGGAGUGAAGACUCAGGAUCCUACUGGUGCCAGGCAAAGGCAGUGACCCCCAAUAUCAUAAAAAAAAGCCUGAAAUCCUGGAUACAUGUGCAGAGGAUCCCUGUGUCUGAUGUGAAUCUAGAGAUCCAGUCCCCUGGGGGCCAGCUGAUUGAAGGAGAAGAUCUGGUCCUUAUCUGCUCAGUAGCCAAGGGUACAGGGACCAUCACAUUCUCCUGGCACCGGGAGGGCACAGAGAGGCGCUUGGGCAGGAAGAUUCAACGUGCCCUGUCAGCAGAGCUGCGGAUAGCCACCGUGAGCAAGCAGGAUGCUGGGAGGUACUACUGCUCAGCCGACAACCUCUACGGCCCCAUCCUCAGUAAACGGAUCAGAGUCACACUGAGAAUCCCAGCGUCCCGGCCCGUCCUCACCCUCAGGGCGCCCGGGGCCCAGGCCGUGGUGGGGGACGUGGUGGAGCUUCGCUGUGAGGCCCAGAGCAGCUCUCCCCCGAUCCUGUACCGGUUUUAUCACGAGAAUGUCACCCUGGGGAGCAGCUCGGCCCCCUCUGGAGGAGGAGUGUCCUUCAACCUCUCUCUGACCCCAGAACAUUCUGGAAACUACUCCUGUGAGGCUGACAAUGGCCUGGGGGCCCAGCGCAGCGAGGCGGUGCCACUCAGGGUCACAGUUCCAGUGUCCCGCCCUGUCCUCACCUUCAGCCCUGCCAGGGCCCAGGCUGUGGUGGGAGAUUUGUUAGAACUUCGCUGUGAGGUCCAGAGAGGCUCCCCGCCAAUCUUAUACUGGUUUUAUCAUGAAGAUGUCAUCCUGGGGAACACCUCAGCCCCUUUUGGAGGAGGAGCAUCUUUUAACCUCUCCCUGACCACAGAGCAUUCUGGAAAUUACUCCUGUGGGGCUGACAAUGGCCUGGGAGUCCAGAGCAGUUACAUGGUGACACUCAACUUCACAGGGCUUUCCACGAACAAAGUAAUCCAUAUCACUGUGGGCGUCAUCGGGUGGCUGGUAAGCAUGCUUGGCCUUGCUGCUACUGCUUCUUUGGUGAGUCACUUCAGGACCCAAAGGAAAUCAGGAGGACUUCGUGCCACUGGAACGCCCAGUUACAGUCCCAAGGAGCAUCGAGAGCCUUCCCGGUCCGGGCCCUCCAACACAGACCCCCACAGGCCCAUCCACUCUGAGCCAGCAGCCCUGAUGGAGCUGCAGCCUGUGUAUAGCAAUGUGAGUCCUGGACAUGACAAUCUGGUUUAUUCCCAGAUCUGGAGCAGCCAUCAUACAAAGGAAAAUCCAGGUGAGACCCCUUCCAGACAAGUGGCGGAAUCAGCAAUCAUCUAUUCAGAGGUGAAGAAGGCACAUCCAGAUGACCAUGAAGGGCAGGCCCAUGAAGAUGCUGCGGAAAACUAUGAGAAUCUCCCAUGUGCACCACUGGCCCUAGACCACUAG